AUGGAAAUAAAGCCAAUAAUUUUCCGCGAUGAAUCUACCGACCUCCCGGAGUUGUUCACGCGCAUCGAGAUUCUGGAGGAAGCUGUACUCCGGCAUACCGGCAAAUCCAUUCCAGGAGCACAUCGUCCAGCUGCCUCGCCCAACACCUUGACUUCCAAAACUCCUGCAACUCGCCUCACAGGGACUGGAUUUGGAAAUGCACUAAGUUAUCUGAGCUCCAACCAGCAUCCUCACGACCAGAGCUCAGCUACUCUUGUCUUUGCAAUCAGCUGUCUUCCAAAUCUUGAUCAGACUCGUGACUUGUUUGAUCACUUUUUCGACACUACACAUCCGAAUUUUGGUGUGCUCCAUGUGCCAUCUACACGCACUAUAUUGGAGGAAAGUUAUCAUCGUCUAAGGUUGGGAAAAACUCUUGAAGCAGGAACUCUUCUGCUUCUACUGAGCAUUAUCUCCAGUGCCGCAUUUAUAUGGACCCCAGAUUUGCUGAAAAAGCUCUACAUAACGCCGUCUGAAGCCAAGGAUUUGCAUGUUGCCUAUAGUCACCUGGCUUUGGGGCUUCUUGAUUAUGACUUGCCGCCCUCUACAGCCGCCCUAGCGGGAAUAAGUACCCUCACCUAUCUCCACACCAACGCAGAAGGCCUCCUUGAUAAAGUUCAUCUUCUGCGUGCUCGGGGACUUCUCAUGGCACGCGCAAUGCGCAUUCAUUGUUUGGAUACCCCUAAGAGUCGCGAGCACCGGCGUCUAAAUGGUUGCGAUGGAAUUGAAGUUGAAGUACAAAGACGCAUCUGGUGGCACAUGGUCUCUUCUGAUUGGCUGCUUGCAUUCUCUGGUGGACCUCAAGAAGGAACUUAUAUUUUUCAGAAGAAGCACAUGGCUGUGCAAUAUCCCAGCAAUGUGGACGAUGGUACCAUUACCGCGAAGUUUGACCCCGACCGUGUACCGUAUGACUUGUCAUGCUCAGUCCCCACAGCAAUGUCGGCUUCUAUUGCUCGAAUUAGGUUGGCCGAAAUAUGCGAAGAAGCAGUAAAUGAGCUCCCUUUCAAUGGGCUCGAUUCCAGCGAGCUGGAUUACGAAAUUGUCUUAGCUUUGGAUGCAAAGUUUCAAGAAUACCUCCGAGAUCUCCCGUCUUUCUUCCAGCUCCAUCCAGGAGGAGUUCAGGAUACUCAAUUCAGACCUCAUGAGAACUCAUAUAUCUCUUGGCAGCGACUGAUCCUCCACUUCUCGGCCCACACCCGCCUAUGCUGGCUGCACCGGCGCUUCCAUCUGGAAAGUUCCGUCAACAAACGAUAUGCAUAUUCACGAGAGGCAGGAAUACGCUCUGCUCGCAUGGUACUCGAAUUACGGCGCCUCAUGGACGAUGCAGGCCCUUUAGUGAGCAUAAACCCUUGUCGUUUAUGGUCGCUUAUGCAACAUGUCUUUCACGCGGCCAUUCUUCUGGCCAGUGACUUUUCUCUCUACCCUACUAGUCCAGAUGCUACAACUAGACAGCAGGAGGUCAUGGCGGCUUGUCGCAUACUGGAGCAGUCCGCUUCUGAAGUAGAUGGAACUCACAGGGUAGUGCAAAAGCUGCGUGCCACUUUGAAAGAGCGCAAACUCAAGAAUGUUCCGUCCGCCACCAUCAACCCAUCCUCCUUGAUUCCAAGAGAGCAUGCACCAGGAGGCUCAGUGCCAACAGCAGUCGAUAGCCCAGUGAUGCGAUAUAAAGAAGAGACUAGCCCGCUACCAAGCCACAGUGACGAUUUUUCGCCAUCGCCCCUUGAUAAACUAUGGUCUGAGUUUGUCGAUGCAGCUCCUGAGAUGGACUUGGACCUGUGGACAUCUCUUCUAGAUGAGAUCGAUGGGACUCUGAGUGCAGAGCCUCUUGGAGGGUUAUGGGGCGGAUUCGAAAACACCAUCUAA